GGUUGCUAUGGGCAACUGCACCACUCUUCCUCACAGGUUUUGAUAAAUCUCCCCCAAUGUGGGACUGUUUGCAAAAAGUGCACUGUGUAGAAAGACCCCAAAAUUGCAUUUUUAUUCAAGUUUGUCCCACAAAUAUUUGUUUGUUUGUCAUUGCAAAGUAUAAUUGGUGACGCAAAAAAACAAGCCCUUAUAUGAGUCUGUAGGUAGAAAAGUAAGAGUUAUGUCUAGAGAUGAGCGAAUCGGAGCUGGCGACCCAGAAUUCAUUACUAAUUUCAGAAAAUAUACGAUUCGCAACGAAUGUGAAUAUCGCUGCGAUUCUAUCGCACAAAUCGCUUCAUUAAACUCUAUUUACUGCGGUGCAGGGCCCAGGGCAUCUAAAAUGGCCGAUCCACAUGUCAGUAUAUGGGGCAAGGAAUGCUGGGAAGGCGGGAAGGGAGGUAGACAUGAUGACCCUGAAUCACAUGCAGGAUGUAGCCAGUCACCCCUGUGAUGUCACAGCCCUAUAUAAUCGGCAGCCAUCUUGCGGACAGUCACUUCAUUAUAUUACACUGCAGAAGGAUCAUAGGACGUAGAGCCUGUGUGUGUUACAGCAGAGAAAAGCGCAGUCCUCCUAACAUCCUCCUAGUAACAUCAGAUAAAAGAAGCCAUCUGAUUGGUUGCUGUGGGCAACUCAGCAACCAGCAUAUUCAUCUAUCCUGACAGCUGGAGGCCUGACAUUCCACUGACAGCCGCCCGAGCCUUCAGUCUGUUCCAGUGUGAUUAGUGAGAAUAGUGAGAUUAGCGUCUUCUUCUUCUACUUGUCUGAAAUGGAGCUAAAAGGACUGGGGUUCGUCCCCCUCCUGUUGGCGUUUUGGUGUGCGGCCUGGCUUGCCACCAGCUACAUCAUGACGGUCGUCCUCGGCCAUGCAGCCUCGCCACUGAUGAGCAUCAGUGACGUGGGAAAUUUCUUUCCCGAAAGCAUAUUAUUCAGAAUUGGAUUCAUAGGGAUGUCCAUUGGCACUUUGGUACUAACCUUUCUUAUUUAUAAGUAUAUGGUUAUGCAUACUGAAGAGUUCAGGGGUCAUCAGGUCCUGAUCCAGAGGAUCCUGCUGGCCAUUGUGUGGGCCUCCUGUUUUUCCACAGCUGUUAUGCAUGUAUUGUCCCCCGAAGAAUAUCCCAGGAUACACUUUGUCAGCACGAUAAUUUCCAUUACAUGUGAAGCCUUAUACUACCUUGGGCAGUCCAUCCAGAUGUAUAAAUUACCAGGAGCAAAAAAAGUCAUCCACCAUAGUAGAUGCACCUGCUGUGGCCUGACUUUUGUCUGUGUAGUUUUCUAUUUUGGAUAUGAAACAUUAAAUGAAUUAUUCCAUAAUGAUGAAGACUGGGACGAGAUCCGUGAAAUCCCCAUCAUAAUCAUCGAGUGGGUGAUGCUUCUACUGAUCCUGAUAAACAUCGUGACCUAUUAUUCCACCAUGCAGAGGUUAUUGUUGACCGUCUCCAGAAACAGCUGCACACUCUCUCUUAGAGUAAAAAUUGAUGACUUCGGGGUGUAGACCACCACGGGGGCCAUCAAGUGGACUUCUGGGAGAGAUACUGCACAGGACACGGAAAACAUCUAAAGAAGAAUAACUGGGGGACUACAUAUGGUGCCAGUAAUCAUGACACAAUAAUAUGAGCUG